UUCCCUGCCUUUUCUUAUAGAUGAUGCAGUUCGCCUGGCAGAACUACAAGCUUUACGCGAUGGGAGAAAAUGAACUCCGGCCCCUCACAAUGGAAGGCUCCGAGGGCAACAUGUUCGGAGGCCUCAGAGGGGCGACUAUCAUUGACUCCCUUGAUACCCUCUACCUUAUGGAGCUGAAGGAGGAGUUCCAGGAGGCCAAGGCCUGGGUUGAAAAGAACUUCCACCUGAACGUGAGUGGAGAAGCAUCUUUGUUUGAGGUGAACAUCCGGUACAUCGGAGGACUCCUCUCAGCCUUCUACCUGACAGGAGAGGAGGUGUUCCGAGUAAAGGCCAUCAAGCUCGGAGAGAAACUCCUGCCGGCCUUCAACACCCCCACGGGAAUCCCAAAAGGUGUCGUGAACUUCAAAAGUGGCUCCAACAGGAGCUGGGGCUGGACCAUGGCCGGGAGUAGCAGCAUCCUGGCGGAGUUUGGAUCCCUGCACUUGGAGUUCUUACACCUCACUGAGCUCUCUGGCAACCAGGUCUUCGCUGAAAAGGUCAGGCACAUCCGGAAGGUCCUCAGGAAUAUCAGUAAGCCCUUCGGCCUCUACCCCAACUUCAUCAGUCCAGUGAGUGGGAACUGGAUGCAACACCACGUCUCGGUCGGAGGACUCGGGGACAGUUUUUAUGAAUAUCUGAUCAAAUCCUGGUUGAUGUCGGCCAAGACAGAUAUGGAGGCUAAAGAUAUGUACUACAAAGCCUUGAAGGCAAUAGAUACCUACUUGGUGAAAGUGUCUCCUGAGGGGCUGACCUACAUUGCUGAGUGGCGCGGGGGGAUUCUGGACCACAAGAUGGGGCACCUGGCCUGUUUCUCCGGGGGCAUGAUCGCCCUCGGUGCCGAGGAUGCCGAGGAGGACAAGAGGGCCCACUACCGAGAACUCGCAGCCCAGAUCACUAAGACGUGCCACGAGUCGUACGACCGCUCAGAUACCAAACUGGGGCCCGAGGCCUUCUGGUUUAACUCCGGCAAAGAAGCAAUGGCCACGCAGCUGAGCGAGAGCUACUACAUCCUGAGACCUGAGGUGGUGGAGAGCUACAUGUACUUAUGGCGGCAGACCCACAACCCCAUCUACAGGGAGUGGGGCUGGGAAGUGGUGAUGGCCUUGGAGAAAUACUGUCGGACAAAAACCGGUUUCUCUGGGAUCCAGAACGUGUACAGUAGCGUUCCCAGCUACGACAACAAGCAGCAGACCUUCUUUCUAGCGGAGACACUAAAGUAUCUCUAUCUUCUGUUCUCUGAAGAUGACAUGCUCUCCCUAGAAGACUGGGUGUUCAACACGGAGGCCCACCCACUCCCCGUGAACCACUCGGACAGCGCUGGCAGGGUUGGGGACCAACUCUGACCCCAUCUCCCUGCCACUCCUGAGGCCGCUGCAGGGACACCUUGCCUUUUCAGGUUUUGGGACUGUUCUCAAAAGGAUUGGGAACGUAGGCCCCACUCCAGGCAGAUGUGCUGGAUAAGCAACUUAUUUUCCUCUGUGAGGAGACAGGACUUGAAGACACAGCAAUGUCGCACCAGGCCAGACAUUCCUUUCUACAGAGAAUUUCUAUGAAACCCUCUCAGUUGCCAUUUCAGGGCCAAAGGACUGGAGGUUUGCAUAUCGACCCCAUGUAUUUGGUUCACUUCCUUUCAUUUUGGGGGUAUUUUUAUUUUUGCUUGAUUUUCCCUUUUCUCUACAGUUGUGUUUUAUCACAAAUUAUAAGUAGUUUUCAAAAUCAUGUGCUUUCAAAAUCAUGUGCUUAAAGUGUUUGUCCACGUACAAAAACCUUGACCUUAUUUUCUGUACAGUGGUGCCUCGGAAUCCGAACGUCUCUGCUUACGAACAUUUUGGGUUACAAAUGCUGUAAACCCGAAAUUAAAUGCUUCAGUUUUCGAACACGCCUCGGAAGUCGAACACGCCACACGGCUUCCGCUGAGGGCAAGCUCCUGAGG